UUUUAGGUCGAAAAUGCUUCAAGUUUCUGCAUUCUUAGUAUGUGAUGACCCAUUUAUUUCAUUCAAACUAAUUAAAAUAAUUGCAUACCUACCACAUAUAAAAACUUAUCAAACAAGAUUCAGCUAAAUUUAACCCAAAUGAUGUAAGAUAAAGUGGUCACGCUUGAAUUGGCGCCCGGAUGAAGACAAACGACUCGUUUACGAGAUAUUCUUUGGGUAACAGUAAUUAGGCAAAGUCACUUCAAUUACGAGGUCCCAGAACAAUUUGGCAAUUUAUAAACAAGGUAUUUGUAUUUUACCCUUUGGUGUUGUUUCCAUUAAGCUAGUUUGGUAGCGAUGUUUAUCGAUUCACUUCGCAAUGCCACGAAUCGGCAUUCCUAGCCACGAGUUCUAGGACUAAGACACAGUAAGGACCUCAUGUUGACCGAUACCAAUGCCUCGGACUUGAUAUUCAAUGAUCAAGAAUGUAUAGAAGGAUUCUCAGCAUUUCCCUUUGAUAAUGUGAGCUUUUGCGGAAGUAUUCACGACGGCCUAAUGUGUUGGCCACCUACUUUAGCAGGGAAAACCAUAAAGAGGAGAUGUCCGAACUUCAAUGGAUUUGACCCUAGUAAAGAGGCAGUCCGGAAAUGUGGCCGAAAUGGGACCUGGGAGGAAAUUGUCGAGUCUAUUGUGACGAUCUCCAAGACGAACUUUGCGGAAUGCGUUAUCCCUAACGACAUAGACAUAUUCCGGAAGUUUGAUGACCAUACCCGGAAGUCAGCGCUGACAAUGAGCGCAGUGGCCCUGUCUCUCCUGUGUUUAUCUAUUCUGAGUAUCAUUGUUGUGUUUUUAUUAUACUAUUGCAUUCUUCCGAAAUUUGUUAAUACGAUUCUUCAUGUUAAGAUCCACAAAACUCUCUUUAUUGCUGUCAUUUUUGAUAUUUUGGCAAAAAUGACAACACAUGUUUUAGUCAUCUAUGAAUUGAAUAACAUUUCAUUCAUAAACUCUGAAAUCUUUAUGAAUUUUGUGUGCAAAUUCCUGGCUACGUUUACGCAAUAUACUGAAAUUGUGUUUCUGGGCUGGAUUGCAAUGGAUGCGAAUUUCUUACAAAUUCUUUGCAAAGCUGACCACUUGUGCACUUCCGGUUUUACGAUGUAUUGCAUUGUGGGAUGGGGCCUACCCAUCGUCCCUUUGACGCUUUGGGUCGUUACCUUAGUGGUGGACCACAAAGUGCAAUGCUGGAUCGACCAUACGUCACAUCCGGUCAUGUGGGUUGUUGACAUUUACAAACUCUUCAUCCUGACGGCCACUUUUAUUUUUCUUUUGUUGGCGAUGGUGAGACUUCACAUGGCGGCAUAUAGAGAGAAAGUUUACGAUCGUCCCAAGUUGAAAUAUGAAGUGACCAUGUCGCUUGUCUUCUUCGUGUUCAUGUUCAUCUCCUGUGCCCUGGUGGUCGUACCUACUCACAUUCCAUUAAAGGUCCACCAGGUCAUUCAACAUUUAGCCGUCAUUUUUACGUCAUCCAGGGGAAUGUGUGCCGCCAUUGUAUAUGCUUUCGUGAACAAAGAUUUUCUAAAAUUUUUACAACAUAACGAAGUUCGCAUACGUUUUGGAAAAUAUCUCGCUUUAAAUGUUCCGUAAAUCUUCGAAGAAAAACGAAUGAAAGAAUAGGUUCCAAUUUUGACAAUGUUCGCUGUUUUUAAGAACAUCUUUUUCAAAACCCCCAAAAACUAUCA